CAGAGUGCAGUCCUGCCCGACCAGGAAGAAGAGGACAACAAGAAAACAUAGUCGGUGCUGUUUAAUACAUGUGUAUCAGAAUAGGGCUUCAUCAAGUGGACAUAACAGUAAAGGAGAGGGUUUUCUAAAGGUGAAGAAGCCAAGACAGGGGAAAAUCCCAAGUCCAUAGCUGCAGCAUCUGUUUACCACAAUGGACAGCCGGGAGGUGGGGGGUCUCCUGCAGGAGUGCCUUGGAGCAGUGGCCCCAUCUCAACAGUCCACCGAGCCCACCGAGGCAGAGAGGCUGAACUACUGCAGCUGCAGAGACUCGCUCUGUGCAGAACUGGCCUCUCUCCUGCAGGAGGCAAUGGAUAUGAAAUGGCCGUUUGUACCGGAAAAGUGGCAGUAUAAGCAGGCAGUCAGUACCGAAGACAAGACCAACCUAAGUGACCUUAUCAAGAAAAACAUAUCUCAGCUCUUGGUCGUUCUAAAGGCUUCCAUUGUGGCUCGGGAGGCUCGCACCGCGCUGGCGGUGGUCUUCCUGGUCGACCGCUUCCUUUACUGGACGGACGAGUCCAGCCGGCUGCUGAAAAUCACCAAGCUGCUCCACAGAUGCCAUCCUGACGCUCCUGUGGCCCCCCAGCUGGUCAUACGGCAGGCCAGGGUCUACUUUAACUCUGGCAAACUACAGAAGGCAGAAUACAUUCUGAGCAGUCUGAUUAACAACAGCGGAGCCACCGGUUGUUGGGUUUACCAAAAUGAAAGUGACAGGGCUCUUGUGCAAGCAGUUAGUGUUCAAGUACGUGGGAUGGUUCUGCAGAAGCUUGGCCUUUGGCGUGAGGCUGCAGAGCUAAUCUGGGCCUCUCUUGUUGGCUACUACGCACUUCCACAACCUGAUAAAAAGGGCAUUGGAACCUCUCUUGGAAUACUGGCCAACAUAUUGGUAUCUAUGAAUGAUGAGGACUUCCACGCGUUUAGGACUAAUCCACAAAUUGAUUUGUCUUUACUUGGUGACAGGAGUCAUCGUCUCCUCUCGGCAGCCCAGGCAGCUAAGAUGGCGGUGGUGUACAGCCAGUACACUCCCCUCUAUGUGUUGACCAAUGUGGCAACUCAAGGGACCUGCUUGUUAUCGUACAAUUUCUCGGUGGAGUGCCCUGACUCUCAGCGGCGGUCUUUCCUCCUGCAGGCUAGAGAGGCCUUUUCCAUCGGUCUGCUCACCAAAGCAGAAGGCGAGCUGGUCACCAGCAAGCAGGAGCUUCACACCCUGCUGAAGGCUGCAUAUUCUCUCACUGUCACUCACAAAUGGCUCGGUGCCCCUGUGGAAGUUGUGGAGCAAGCAAAUCAAGCUUGCCAAAAAGCUUUAGCAAAUUUCUAUGAUUACUGCAAUGCAGAUAUCAAGGACAAAGACGGCCUCUGUGCUGAAAUCAUGCAUCUGGUCACCCAAGUCAAGCUUCUGCUGCGGGUGGAGCCUUUCAUUAAUUCAGAUGAGGGGUCUUUUAUCCCUGACAGCUACAGAAACAUCAGAGACACGUUGGUCAAUUUUACUCUGGAAGGCUUCGCCGAGGUGAUGCUGAGGUUACAAAAGCAUCACGCAUCACUGUGCGAGACGACCAACGCAACCUGUAAGAGGACCAAGGACAAGAUGGAGGGGUCAAAGUUAUGUAUAACUGCAAUGGGUACGACCAUUGGUACGCUCAACACAGAAAGCAGCACCGAGUCCUCCAAAGUGUCCCCCAAUGAAGAGGAGCCAGAAAACAAGGGUUCAAAAACAACCUCUGUGCACCCAACUCAGAGGUCUGACCCGUGUUCCACUUUAGGAAGCACAGAUAACUUUGGCUCUUCAUGGCAGAACUUUUCCCUGAGCAGUUCAGGGUCUCCUCGGCCCAGCUGCAGCAACUUCCCAGGAGGUCAGGCUGUUGAACCUCAAGCAGAUGUAUGUCAUCAGAAUUGUCUGACCACUGAGGAUGAUGACUGGUCAGGCAGCAUUCUUCACUUCACUAAUGAAAACAAGUCUCCAGUCAGUUCCCAAACUAUCCCGAGACCUGUAAUCCCUUCCACUUCCUCUUCUAAUGCGAGUUGUGGUUCAGAUAAGUUUGAAGUGAUACAAGCUGGAAUAGAGACACUGGACACUGAGGAGAAUUGUGUAAUUGACGAUGCGGUGGCAAAACCGUCAGCCACUGUGGGAGCAGCACAGUCCUUAUCCCAGCUAGCUCUCGGAACCUUCUCCAGCUCACUCAAUGACAGCUUUGGUUCCCAGUCAUCAUGGGAGAAAAUUUCCCUUGACCCAAACUCUCCCACAAUCAGAAAACCUCAGCUGAGGAGCCUAUCAAAAGAAGGAACCAGUCAAAGCAGCAGGUCACCAGAGUCUGACAGGAGCUUCUUCCUCUUGGAGACCCUUGAUUCUGAGACCAAUGAUUCUGCUCACGAUCCCACGCACAAAAACCACACAUCCCGAGGGGAAUCCAGACCUGCUAGCAACAACUCUUCAGCAACCCCAUAUCCAAACGUCUCCCAGUUUGUCCCAGAACAGUGUGCCGCCACUGAAACCUCCACCGAGAGUUCAUUUGAGAUGCUGGAGGACCAUCGAAGUGAAGACGAACCUGGUGAAGUAACUUCAUCAGAAAAUGGAAUUGCCCCUCAAAUGAAGAACUCCUCGUGCUACAGCUGUGUGAAGCAGAGCAUUGUAGCUGACGUUGUCCCUGAGAGUCCUUAUGUGUUGUCACAGCAUGAUUACCAAGCUCUACUGGCUGGAGUCUGCUAUGAAUGUCUGCUGAAGAGGUUUCACGGUGACAAAACACAAUUCAAACUUAAGACACACAGAACUGCUCACAGUGCUCUUCAUUUAAAGUUCUCCAAAGCCACAGGACUGUGGACAGCCAGGGAGACCUGUGCUUACAUCGGGGAGCCGAUGGGGAUGGAGGGAAAGCAGAGAGCGGCUAUAUGGGUGCAGUUUUUACACCAGGAGGAAAGGUUAAGCAGUUAUGUAGGAAAAGACUACUUGAAGCCAAAGGGCAUCCAGUUUCACCUGAGAGAUGUGGAGCGACAGAUGACAGCCCAGCACUACGUGACUGCGUUCAACAAGAGUCUUUAUGAGAAGGAAAUGACAGCUCAGAUCUACUUCAUUCCCUCAGAAGCUCUGCUGAUUCUGAACGGAAAUCAGAUCGCAGGCUGUGUAACAGUGGAGCCCUACAUGUUAGGAGACUUUGUCAAACUGACCAACAACACGGUAAAGAAGGACAAGAGUAUACAAGCUACAGAAUAUGGCAUCGCCUUCGGACACUUUACCUGCCUGCUCUCUGACUACCAGGAAGUUGUUGUAGACCUGCAAGGGUGGGUGACAGCAAAUGGCAAAGGACUGACCUACCUCACUGACCCCCAGAUUCACUCCACCAGGGCCCCCAAAGGCCCCUCCAACUUUGCUGCCAGAGGCCUCAGGUACUUCCUGGAGGAGCAGCAUGGGCCAGAGUGCAAUGUGGUGUGCCAGCUGCUCCGACUACCUCCAAUGCCCCGACAGCCUCACAAACUUUGAGGAGUUUGUGUUUUCAUAAUGAAAUGAUCAAUCAAAGUACCGUUUGUUCCAAUAGCACGACAUAACGAACAACGUAGAAAAGUAGAAAUCAAUAUCAAAAAAUUAUCAAAAAUUGCAUUCUAUUAACAUACACGUGUGUCCAGUUUUAUUUUGUCAGUAAUUAUACUCGACAUACAUACUCCUGUGCUUUCCCUUUUUGGCUGUCAGAUUGUCUCUAUGCACUCAUCGCUCUCCAGUAUUUCCUAUCAGUCGUUUGAAUUUGACCUGCUCUCAACUCUUAGAUUUUCCUGGUCCCUGUUGGAAUUGUUUGCCUCCAUUGAUAGACCUUCCGUGUACCCUUACCUUGCGCCGAAUAAAUGACCUUGCCUACUA